AGAAAGACAAAGUCCAUUUGGAUGGAAGUGGGAGCGGAGUGAAGGGCCAUUUUGACUCUAUGGUCCAAGGAAAUGACUGGUCUGAUGCGCGUGGCAGCCGGGGUGCCCAGGGUCUAAGGAUAACUCUGUGGCUAUGGUGGCCAUGAUUCUCACAGCGGACUACAGAUUUCUGCACUCUGAGCAAAGUCAGGUGCCACUGGAGUUGUUCUGAGACACUUUCCCUAAAGGAUGGCCAAGGGGCUCCUGACGACCUAUGUCCUCUGGGCUGUAGGGGGCCCUGCUGGGCUCCACCACUUGUACCUGGGCAGGGACAGCCAUGCGCUGCUCUGGAUGCUUACCCUGGGGGGGGGUGGGCUGGGCUGGCUCUGGGAGUUCUGGAAGCUCCCAAGCUUUGUAGCUCAGGCCAACAGAGCCCAAGGACAGAGGCAGAGUUCAGGAGGCGGGACACCCCCUGUGAGUCCCAUUCGUUUUGCCGCCCAGAUGAUAGUGGGCAUCUAUUUUGGCCUUGUGGCUCUCAUUAGCCUUUCCUUCAUGGCCAGCUUCUAUAUUGUGGGCCUCCCACUGGCAGUUGGCUUAGGAGUCUUGCUGGUGGCUGCUGUUGGCAACCAGACCUCAGACUUUAAGAACACUCUAGGGGCAGCAUUUCUCACUUCCCCUAUCUUCUAUGGCCGCCCCAUAGCUAUUCUGCCCAUCAGCUUGGUGGCCAGCAUCACAGCCCAGAAGCAUCGCCGCUACAAAGCUUCCAAUGUGUCAGAGACACUCAGUGUGCGGCUCUACCGCCUGGGCUUAGCUUACCUGGCGUUCACCGGCCCGCUGGCAUACAGCGCCCUCUGCAACACAGCCGCCACCCUCAGCUAUGUGGCAGAGACCCUGGACUCCUUCUUGAGUUGGUUCAGCUUCUUCCCCCUCCUUGGCCGCCUCAUGGAGUCUGUCCUCCUUCUGCCUUACCGUGCCUGGAGGCUGCUGGUGGGGGAUCGUGGCUUCAGCAGCAGCUACUUCCAGGAGUGGGAGAAGCUCUAUGAGUUUGUUCGCAGUUUUCAGGAUGAGAAGCGUCAGUUGGCUUACCAGGUUUUGGGUCUCUUAGAAGGGGCAACAAAUGAAGAAAUACAUCAGAGAUAUCGGGAGCUAGUGAAGAUCUGGCACCCUGACCACAACCCGCACCAGACAGAAGAGGCUCAGAGGCACUUCCUGGAGAUCCAGGCUGCGUAUGAAGCCCUGAGUCCACCCAGGAAACUCAGGGGAUUCUAGAGGGAACCAGCAUCUCGAGCAUCUGAAAGGAGCCUUACUGAAUUCCUGAGUUACUAGCCAAGUGUGGAAGAAACAGUCCAGGAUGCAGAGGAAGACUGGGACCAGGUGCAGGAUAUGAAAAAUUAUAUACUUUUACUCCAGCGUUCUUGUUCUUUCUUAUGUGUGGUUAUCUUUUAUACUUUUUUCCCUUUUUUUCUGGAAGUUAACUCUGAGCAGUAUAUAUAUUUAAAAAGUAGAAUUAUUUUGGCUACUAUUCUCUAUAAAGAAUAAUAAUCCUAUCUAAUAAAAGAGAAACAUGGUAAUUAGCGUAUGAC